UGCAGCCGGGGGACAUGAUGUUGGGGGGGGGGGGGGGGGCGGAGCGGCUGCUUUUCGUCUCCAGACACAUGGAGUUUAUUACGGACUGCGUGUUCCCGGCAUGGCGGGGAUGGCUGGGGCUCUCUGCCCCUUCUCGCCUCCAUCCCGGCUGCGGCAGCAGGCACGGCUCGGGGGCCAGGAGGCGGGCAGCAGCCCCGGGACACCCCAAAACACCCCAAGACACCCCAAAACACCAGCCCACGUGGGGCCGUGCCGUGCCCAGGGCACCGUGCCCGCUGCCAGCACCCCGCAGCCGCACCGAGCUCCCUGCCCGCAGGGGCACCCAAAGGUGCCGGUGUCCCCCGUGCCCCCACACCACAAAUUCCCCCUGCCCAAAAGCCUCGCGGGGCGACCCCUGCGGGGGGCAUGUGGGGCACCGGGGGGGGGGGGGGCGGGCCUUGUUUGGCAUGGGGAUUAGCACGCUCCCAGAGCGAUGGUGGUCUCCCCCCCCCCUACCGGACAUGCAGGCAAAUAUUUGUGCCCAGACUUCGCAGGACGGCGAGAAGGAAUUUCAUUCUUGCGCCCACCUGCGGCUCGGCCGCCUGGCAUUAACCCCUUCGCCGCCCCGCGGGAUGGAUGCCGGGGGGGGCGAGGUGCCCUCCUGGUGUCCCCCCCAACCCCAGCCAGCACCGGGGACAGCCGGGCAAGGAGCGGGAUGGGGCACGGGGGCAGCGGUGGCCGCCGAUGGGGCGAGCGUGGCCGGGUUGGUGAUGGCUCGGGGCAUGCCCACGGCAGCGCUGAUGCUCGUGGGGGGCACUGCCCGGUUUUUCCCGGCACCCCCCUUGCUGGGCACCUCCUGCGUGGUGCCAGGCAGGGCCCGCGGGCACGGGGAAAUGGGGGAAAAAGCAUGCCAGCACCCCCCCCGUGCUGUGUUAUCCCGGCCGAGGGCCCUUUGCAGCACCGCCACCGUCCACGAGCGCUCCCGUGGGAGCGGAGCGGAGGGCUCGGGGCGCUCUGUUUGCCCACGGAUGUUUAUUGGCAAUUUGCAAAUGUAAAACGGGGCCCGAGGGGGCUGAGCUGCCUGGGCUGGGGGGGGCGCAGGGCCUGCCCGCGUGCAGAGUGCUGCCUGCCCCGUUCCCCCGUGUCCCCAGCCCUGUCCCCACUGUGGCCCCGGCCCUCUUCCCCCCGGCCCCGGGGCCAGCUGGGCCCUGAGCAAACGGGGGCUGUUUGCUCACGCCGGGAUUAGCCGCUCUCUUUGUUCCUUUGACUUUCUCCUCCCUUUAUGCUGGGCUCUUUUAUGGGGGCUUCAAAGGGGGCUCGGACCCCCCUCCCUGCCCAGGAAGCCCAGGUUUGCUUCCCAUGUCCACCCCCCCACCCUUGCCUUGCGCUGACAUCCUGCGGGUGCCCAGCGGGCACACCUGGGUGGCCUGGGGGGGGGGGGGGACAGCGGCUGUGCCACCCACCUGGGACCCCCACCCCAGCCACCUGGCACCUCCGGCCGCCCUUAGCACCUUGGCGGAGUGGGUGCGAACGGCUGCCCCCGCAGCGGGAUUGCCGGCACUUUGCACCCCGUAAGGAGAGGUGGGAAACUCGGCGCUGGGAUCCGGCCAGCUGCACGGCCCGGAGCCCCCCCGCCGGCACCAGGGGGUCCCCCCGCAUCCCCCGGGCAGGGGCAGCAAACGCCAGCAGUGCCCCUUCCAGCAGCAAAGGACUGGCUGCUGGUGUGGCUGAAAAGCAGCAUUUUGGGGGCAGAGGAACGGUUUUAGGCACCUUGGGUUGCUCCGGUGUCCGUACCCCAAACCAGCAGGUUUGCACCCAGAACCAGCCACCAUGCAAUCUCCCCGAUGGGUUCAUUUAGCUAAUUGUGAAGGCAAGGACUGACCCCGGGGCACUGCAGCUCUCCGGCACGCCAUCGUGAAGGGCUGUGUACCCGGAGAGGGAUGGGAUUGGGGUACGGCAGAGACCGGGGUACGGCGGGGACCAGGGUGUGGUGGACUGGGGUACCCCAGGGACUGGUACGGGACCAGCAGCGGGAUCGUGGCCAGCGCUGGCCCGGGGGCCGAGCGUGCCAGCAGGGCGCGUUUGCAGCCCGUCACGUCCGCAGAGACGGGGCACGGCCGUGCGGGGGAAGCCCAGCGGUGCUUGACCCCGCUGCUCGCCGCUCCGCUCUCCGGCCGCCGUGCCCGAGCCGCGCUGCCAGCGCCGUCCCUGGAGCCGCGGGGCUGCCGGAGCCCGUCGGGGACCCCCACCCCCCCGCUGCCCAAAAGGUGGGCUGCCAGGUACCAGGGCCACCUUCGUCCCCAGGACGGGCAGAGCUGAGGCACCCAGCGCCGCCAUCCCGGCGCGGUGCGCUCGGGCCCAGGGCAGGGGGCAGGUGAGGAGCCCCGAGGGCGCCCGGGGACGCCCUUCCCGGUCCCAGAGCCAAGAGAGGAAACGGCCGGAGGCAGGAAGCCGUCCACGGGGCCCCCGGAGCGUUUUUACUCGAAGGUCAGCAGCGACACAACAGGAAAUCACUCUGCCUCGGCACGGCGGCCGGGCCGGAGAGCCGUGCCGUGCCGCCCGAGGGGUGCUCCCGGCGCCCGGCCCCCCCGUCCCGGCCGCUCGCGGGGAGCCCGCACCACAGCUGCCCUCCAUGGAAGGGGGACGGGAGCCAGGGAGCAGCCGCCGGCCCCAGGGUGGAAGAUGCAGGGCCGAAGCCCCCAGGCGAGCAUGGAGCUGAACAGUGAGUGCGCGGCGAGCGGGGGCGAGCGGGAAGGGGCAGCGCUGCGGCACCGCGCCCACGCGGCCCAGGACACCCCGGCACGGGCACCCCAGGAGAGGGGCACGGCCCUCGUGUCACCCGUUGGCAGCAAGCAAACACCGCAGGGGGGGGUCUGGCGUGGUUGGACCUGGUCACCAAAAGCGCCCGGGCAUCUCACAGGGUCCGGCCUCAAGGGGGCUGCGCCGACGCCGAGGGCUUUUGGGGACAGGUGCAGUGCCGAGGUGGGCAGGGCCCCAGGUGGGUGCACAGCAGAUUUUGGAGGUCACCAGCACGGCACGGGGCUCAGAGGCCACCCAGGAGAGGGGUGCCCGGGGCAGCGGUGUGCCGGCGGCGCUGGGGAGGCUGCGUGGCAGGAGAGCCCUUUGGCUGCAGCAGCAGCGGCGAGGAGCCGCCGCGCGAGGCCGGAGGCUGCAGGCAGGGAUUCCCCGAAGCGCACGUGAUGCCUGGAGCUGCUCCUGGCACAAACUCCCGACAGGAGGGCCUGUGCUGGGAACGCGGCUCGGCUCCCUGCCUGUUUCCCAGGCUGGAGCGGAGCCUAAAAGGCAGCACCGACACUUGUCACAUCCUCCCCCCUCCUCCUGCGCAGCUGGGAACUCCCCGGCUCUCCCCGGCCAGCACCGAGUCCUUGGGCAGAGGUGGGACACGGGGCCCCCCUCCCCCUCCAUGGGGCAGAGCACCACGACCUCCUCGGGCCCCCAAACCCCCCACCACGGGGCAGUCCACGCCAGCACCAGCAGCUAGGGCUGCUCGGGGGGGGCGGGAGCCCACGGGUUACCCCUUCUCCCCCAGGACUGCUCCUCCUCACAUCCUUCCUCCUGCACGUCAAAGAGGGCCGUGCCAGCCCCGCGCGGCUGGUCUGCGACACCAGGCUCAUCCAGAAGUACAUCGGGGAGGCCAAGGACAUGGAGAAGAAAGCGAACCAGUGCCAAGCUUCGUCUGCGCUCAGCUCCCCCGUGGCGCUGCCCCCGGUGGAUAUCAAAAUCACGCAGUGGAAAACCAAAUCGGUGAGGAGGGCUGGGAGGAUGGUCCUGGGGUGCCCGUGGGACUGGAGAAGGACCCCAGGAACGAGACCAAGCAACGCGAGAUCCUCUGCGACCUGGCGCUGCUGGUGGGCGCCGUGAAGGGGGCGCAGAGCCAGGAGAGGCAGGAGUGCUGGGCCGGGCAGCUGAAUCAGCUCUACCGCCACGCCGAGUUCUUCCUCCGGCUCCUGCAGACGUGGGAGGAGGGGCCCUGGGAGUCGGGCUGCUCCCCGGGCUCCAAAGAGAUCAACACGGCCGUGAUCUUCCUCGCCUACCAAAGGCUGCUGCAGGGCAAGCUGCGCUUCUUCUUCCACGACCUGGCCAAGGACUUGUGCGACCGAGGCCAGGGGGGCGGCAGGGACCCCCCCCCCCGCGGGGCCUGAAGCUUUGCGGGGGGCUCGGCCCUGACCGGGGGGGGCAGAGCAAUCCUGCAGGACGCUGAGCUGUGCUCCGGGUGCCCAGGAGCGUGCCCCGGGGGAAAGGGUCGGCUCCUUUUCCGCAAGCCUUCGGCUACCACGUGGCUCCCAGGGGUCAAACCCAGCCCUGGCUGCGCCCCCGCCAGGCACGGGCCUCGCUCCCACCAGACUGUGAACGCCUUACGAUUAAAGACCUUAUUUUUCUAAA